UAUAAUAAUUGCAAUACAAUAUACACAAACAUACUGACAAGUGCUCAUCACAUCAGCCAAAAAACAACAAUAAAUAAAUAAUAUGAUAAAAUGUAAUGACGUGACACUGGCGCGAACUACAAGUCAACCGUUAGACGCAUAGACUAGAUAGACUAGAUAGAAUAAAGUACCGUUAGACGAUUCGUUUAUAACGUGAAAACAUGUCAUCCCACGGAACGAAACGAAAGGCCAAAGAGUGUCCGGGGCAGAGGAAGAUGACAUCUUUUUUCUGUCACAAUGUGGAGGAAGAUAAUGCCAACAGCGAGAUCGCUUCAAUAGAGGCGGGGGAAUCCGUGACCAUCGACGAACACCUGUCUGGCUCGGAUGAGUGUUCAGUGGAGAGGCAGAAUCAGAAAAGGGCAGAGUUUCUGGAAAAGUUCAAGUAUGUGUUUGUUUAAAUGUAAUUUAGUUGUAUUCCAACUUUACAAAACAUCCUUGAACAACUAACUUUACCGUGUAGUAUAACUAUAAGAAAACAUCAAAUGUUAAUUUUUUUAAUAAUAUGAAAUGAAGGCCCCAGAAGAAAAAUAAUUCAGGACACCUGGUUGGAUACCAGGAGGCGUGGGAGAAGCAAUACCCCUGGCUUUAUUGCGUCAACAACAAAACAGGGAUGAUGUGCAGCAUUUGUAAGCGGCACAACCAGCAACAACAAAAUGGCGAAUUCAUCUGGAGCAAGAUACCCUGCACCAGCCUGCGAGUUGAUAAAGUAGGUGACCACGCCAAGUCACAACAACAUGUCAGGGCGCAGGCCAAGGAAAACAACCGCAUUGCAGCGGAGGUGAAUGGAGGCAUCCGCCAAGCCAUGGCAAACACUGUAAGUAAAAAGUCUUCAUUUCAGUGUGCAACAAUCUCAACAUACACUUCUCGUCUUGCACAUGUUUGCUUGGUUUAAUUUGAGUUAAUCUUGACAUGUUUUCCCCUGCUGAUCUUCCUGUCCAGGUCUCCUUGAACCGAGAAGCGGUGAAGGCGGCAUUGAAGGUGGUCUACCACCUUGCAAAAAAGGAAAUACCUCAUCACACCAACUUCAAGGACUUGGUCAUGUUUGCGGCGACUGAGUUAGGUAAGGAGUACCCUUACUUUAAGUAAAUUAAUUAUUCCAUCUGUUGUGUCUAAAACACUUUGUUAUUAUUUCAACACUGCUAAUGAUGGCCUUUUUCAUGACUUUCGUGACAGGUUGUGAGGUUUUCAACAGACUUAAUGUUGGUAGGAAUGCCACAUACACAAGUAGCACAGUUGUGGAUGAGUUUCUGAGUGUCCUUGGCACACAGUUGGAAGAGGACCAGCUGAUCACCAUCAGGGCCAGCCCAUUCCUAGGACUGAUGUGCGACGAGACCGUGGAUAUCUCUACAACCAAUGAGCUGGUUCUAUACUGCAGGUGCAUCGAUGGCGAUGGCAAAUGUCAGGCCAACUUUCUGAAGGUUGUGGCCUUAAAAGAUGGAAAGGCCGACACUGUCAAAGGUGCCCUCAUUCAUUACAUGGAGGAAAAUGAUCUGUCGAUCCAGAAGGUGGCUGGUUUCGGCUCAGAUGGAGCAGCAUGUAUGAAAGGUGAGUUACCGACAAUUUUGUAAUCGAAAUUAAGUAUAUCUGCAAAGACAAAAAAACAAAACAUAAGUGCCAGUAGGGGCAGCGCUAUCAGCUAAUGAAAGGGAACAAUUGAUUUUAUUUCCUCUGCAGGAAAUCGAACUGGUGUUGCCACUCAGCUCAAGGGGGACAAUGCAAAGAUACUUAGUAUCCACUGCAUUGCUCACAGACUCGCCCUUGCUGUCGGACAAGCUGGUAACAAGGUGUUGGCGAAGUCUUCAAGCCAAACCUAAUGACCCUGUUUCUCUACUACAACGGCAGUGCAGUUCGAUCAGAAGGCCUGAAAGAGAUACAGGUAAACCUUAUUUAUAUAGGUGUCUUACAAAGCAAAGUGACAUCAAACCUUGUUUCACCUUCGAUCGAUUAUUUUUUACAAAAGCCAUAUGUCCCAGAAAAUGCAAUUAAGUAUUUUUUUUUUUCAAAGCAGUUGUUCAAUUCAUUACAAUGUUUAUUGUAUCUAUUCCUACAGAACAUCCUACAGGAGAUGGAGUUGAAGCUGAAGCAACCAAAGGAUGUGAGGUGGCUGUCCCAUGAUGCUGCAACAAAAGCCCUUUAUAGGUCACUGCGUAGCGUUUUGGUACAUCUCAAUCAGGAGAUGGGUAAGGGUGUUGUAAUGGCCAGAGCUCUUUGGAGCUGGCUACGCACCUACAAGGCCAUAGCAACCCUCUACCUGCUGUGUGACGUCCUUCCUCACUUGUCAGCCCUCAGCAAGUGUUUUCAGCAAAAACAGCUUGAUCUGACAGAAAUCCACAGGGCAGUAGAGACCAAGAAGCAAGUGAUACGGCUGGCCAGGGAUCAGCCAAUUGAAGGUGGACGGCUGGCUAACCUGGAUGUGGACCUGAGCCCAGGGGGACGGUUGGAUGGUCUAGAGAUCCAAGUGUUUGACCAGCAGCGGCAGGAGUUUGCAAGUGUUCAGAGACAAUUCAUAGAUAACCUUGUGGAGAACAUGGAGGAGCGGUUCCCCCAAACUGAACUCCUGGCAGCAUUUGGGGUGCUUGACCCUGGCUGCCUACCAAACUCCAUGACUGGAGACUAUGGAUGGGAGGAGAUGAACCAGCUGUCCACCUUCUAUUCUGAUGGCCACUCCCCCAUUGACCGGGAAGAACUGCGGGAUGAGUGGAUCUCCUUCAGACAGCACCUGGGCAGUUACCGUCAGAAGACACCAAAAGUCAUGUGCCAGGUGCUGUCUGCCAAUCCAACACUUGCAUGCCAGUACCCUAACAUAGCCUCCCUCUACGCCAGAAUGGUGGUCAUUCCGGUUCACACGGCUGACUGUGAAAGGGCCUUCUCCACCCUCAAAAGGGUGAAGACAAGGCUAAGGUCUACCAUGACUAACGCUACCCUGAACCACCUCCUCAGGAUCAGUAUUGAGGGGCCUGCAAUUGACAAGGCAGUGAGCCGUUGGGGCAGUCUCAGGAACAGACGGCUGCUGUUGUGAUUUGUCCUACUUAAUAAAAGUUUAGCCAAUAUUUUUGAAAUUUGUCGUGUUUAUUUACAGGGUAAAGUUGUACAAGUCUACCAAAAGUUGAUAGUAUUUUAGUUUUUCAGGAUGACCACAAGAGCUAGAAUUUCUCUCUAAGAUAGCCUCAGAAUGUACCAUUUAAUCAUUAUUUUUUCAAAGGCUUCGCGCCACACCAUCCCCCGCCUC